GGACUAGUGUGUGUGUUUCUGUUCCGGGGAUGACGAGGAGGAGAUGUGAGAGAACAUUCUGGAGUUGCUUCAUGCAUCCGAGCCCAUGGCGGAGAGGCUGAAGGAGCAGCUGGACGCUCUGGAUCGCUGUUCUGGGCCAGGAGACGUGGGUCCACAGCUGGAGUGGGUCAGCGCCAUCAUCAAACAGCACAACAGCCUGAGUCUGCGUGCGUCUAGAGAGUGCCAGAGCAAGCAGAAGCUUCUGGAACAGCGGUUCCGCUCCACUCUACGGGACUUCCAGCAGUGGCUGGUCAACGCCCAGAUCAGCACCGCAAGAUGCUUCGACGCCCCACUGAACACACACGACGCCACCGCCAGCCUACAGAGAAUACAGGAGUUCCUAAAUGACGAGGAGCAGGCUCAGACUCGACUAAACGCUGUGGUCAUGUGCGGAGAGCAUCUGAGCCAGGUGCUAGGGGCUGAUGGGACGCAGGUGGUCAGGGAGAAGGUGACCAAAGCCAGAGACGACUGGGAGAGCCUGAUGACAGAACUACAGAGCAGAGAGACAGCCUUACAGAACCUCCAAUCACAGAUGAAGGAUUUUGAGGCAAGACUUGAGCCUCUUCAGGAUUGGCUGAGAGACACUGAGACCAGUGUGCAGGAGAGCACAGCGCGCCUGCAUGACGUCCCCGGCAAAAGACAGGAGCUCUACAAACUACAGGCUGUGCUGAAGGAACUUGCAUCUCGGGAGGCGGAGCUUAAUCAGCUGCGGGGGCGGGCCCAUGAGCUGUGGGAGGAGCAAGCAGCUGGGAGGGGCUUCAUGCAUGCGGUCUCUCAGCUGGUUGCCCAGUACCUGGCGCUUAGCAACCUCAUUAAGGAGAAGCUGUCUCGUAUGGAGCGGGUUCUAGCAGAACACCAGCUGUUCUCUGAGGGUCUGGUGCAGCUGCAGCUCUGGGUAGCUAACGCCCAUAGAACCCUGGAGGAGUGUUCCGCCCAUAGAACCCUGGAGGAGUGUUCCGCCCAUAGAACCCUGGAGGAGUGUUCCGCCCAUAGAACCCUGGAGGAGUGUUCCGCCCAUAGAACCCUGGAGGAGUGUUCUACCCCCGGCACUGAUAAGAGCCUACUGUUGCACAGGAUGAGUCUGCUGGAGGAGCUGGUGUCUGAGCGUGCAGUGAAAGAGGUGGAGCUGAAGAUGCUGAUCACCAGGGGGGAGUCUGUGCAGAGGCACACACACACACACACACACACCGCCGUGCGCAAACACAUCCAGGACCUCAAGGACUCAUGGGACGCUCUCCUGGCCCACUGCAUCACCUGCAAGAGUGACCUGGAGGGGGCGCUGUGCCGGUGGACGAGCUACCAGGAGGAUGCGGGGACGUUCAGCAACUGGCUGGAGCAGGUGGAGCGGAACCUGGCGCAGACGGGCCGAACGCACCCCGAGAUGAGAGACAAGACAGGGAACCUGAGCAGGGCCAAGCUCCUGUAUGAGGAGGUGUUGAGCCACUGUCGCCCCCUGGAGUUGAUCACGAGUAAAGCGUCCAGACUGCAGGAGUCCAGCAGCACCUGUGCUGAAGUACAGCACCUCACUGAGCGCUACACAGCCAUCAAACACACCGCCAAGGAGCUGCGGUGUCGGUCCUCUGAGGGCCCGGUGCUGCUGGGUGCGGUGCGGUCCAGUCGUGAGGGGGUGCUGGUGUGGGGGGUCCCCCAGAUCGAGAGCCGUGCGCUGGAGGCGGCGUGUGGGGAGUGGGAGGGGUACCAGGCACGGCUGGGGGGGGCACGGGGGCAGCUGGAGGGGGCGGUUGCCCGGUUACGCGCGCUGGAGCUCCGCUUCCGCAGCCUGGAGGAGUGGCUGGACGAGAUGGACGCCACGGCAACCGUACGACACCACCGCCGCUCGGACCGCCACACCAAGGAACGACAUCAGCAGCAGCUCCAGCGCUGCCAGGCGGAGGCUCUGCGGUACCAGAGUGAGGUGGACGGGCUCAGUGUUCUGGUCCAGGAGGUUCUGGAGGAGAACCACCUCAGCACUCAGCUCAACAGCAGAACCACACAGCUCUGCACACGCUACCACACACUACAGCUGAAGCUCAUGGAGACGAUCAAGCAGCUGCAGGAGGAGAUCUGCUGCAUAGACGACGCCCACUGUACAGCAGCAGCCUUCUCUGAUUGGCUGGCCACUGCCCAGAGGGACUUUGGUGCAAUUACAUCAACCAAUGAGGGUCAUGAUAUUGUUGCUAUGGAGAAUAGGCUAAAAACACUGGAGGCGAUGCAGGGGGAGCUGCAGCAGGGCCAUGGGCUGCUGAAGAGUCUGCGUGAGCAGGCGGAGGCGGCGGCUGCCUUCCUGGACUCCAGCGGAGCGGAGCGGCUGGAGGGGGAGGUGGAGGACUGUCUGGCCCAGCUGGAGCAGCUCUCGGUGGGGCUGCGUACCGAGCGGAGCACCCUGGAGACGAGUCUGAAGCUCCACACAGAGUUCCAGGACCGUCUGAAGGCCCAGCAGCAGUGGCUGCAGGAGACCAGGGUGUUCCUCAGCACCCCUGUGGAGCCUAAAGCUGAGCUUUACCAGCGCAAAGCCCAGCUAGCCAAGUACAAGGCGGUUCAGCAGGCUGUUCAGAGUCGGGGGUUAGCGGUGCAGGCGGUGGUGGACAGAGGGGAGGCGCUGCACUCAGGAGCUCAAGACUCGUCCAUCACAUGCAGCCUGGACAAGCUGCAGGAGGACUACACUGACCUGUGCACCACCGCCAACGCUCACACUCAGAAGCUGGAGUCGCAGGUGCGUGAACAGGAAGUGUACGUGCGGGAGCUACAGGAAGUGGAGCGCUGGCUACUCCAGACGUCCAGCAGCAUGCUGACCCCUGACCCCUCCAGGGGGCGGAGCCUAGACGUGGCCACCCAGCAGCUGGCUCGACACAAGGCCCUUAUGGAGGAGGUGGCAGGGUUUGAGGACCGGUUGUCACGGCUGCAGCAUCGCGGAGAGACGCUACUGAGCACGUGCGGAGGAGAGACGCCACUGAGCACGUGCGGAGGAGAGACGCUACUGAGCACGUGCGGAGGAGAGACGCUACUGAGCACGUGCGGAGGAGAGACGCUACUGAGCACGUGCGGAGGAGAGACGCCACUGAGCACGUGCGGAGGAGAGACGCUACUGAGCACGUGCGGAGGAGAGACGCCACUGAGCACGUGCGGAGGAGCUCGACUACGGCAGCAGCUGCAGACUGACCUGCAGGGAGCCAGAGACAGUUACAGCGCCAUCUGCAGCACUGCACAGAGGGUGUACCAGUGUCUGGACGGAGAUGUGGGGCGGUUGAUGAGUGAGCAGGACGCUCUGCUGCAGUGCCAGUCUUGGGUCAGUGCUGUCCACACACAGCUGCUGCCCGCCGCACACACACCACGCAGCCAGCAGGAGGCGCUCUCACAGGUGCAGCAGCACAGGGCGCUGGAGGAGCAGGCGGGGACGUACCUGCAGCUGGUGUGCUCCAGCUGUGACCUCUCUGAUGAGCUCGUCAGGGACACGGCCACACACAUCCAGCGGCUCAGACUGCAGGUGGAGGAGCGGCUGCAGGGGGCGGAGCUUGUGGCGGACAGGUGGAGGCAGCUGACGGAGCGGAGGGAGGAGCUACACGCUCGUCUACGGGACACGGAGCGCUCGCUACACCGCCUCUCACGUAGCCCAGCCCAGCUGGAGCCCACCGCCACACACACACUAGUGGAGCAGGCACAGGCCUUCAUCCAGGAGCUGGAGCUGCAGCAGCAGGAGCUGAGCCAUCUGAGGCAGACGCUGGGCUGGCUGGGGCUGGAGCUGGGGGGGCUGCGGAGGGCCUGGCUGGAGGUGGAGCGGCGGGCGGAGGAGGUGAUGGAGCAGCGGCGGCAGGAUGAGCAGCAGGCGGCCGAACACCAGCAGAGCGUCACCGCCCUGGAACAACUCUUCCAGCAGGUGUCCAGAGAAUGGGACUACCUAGCCAGGGCCGACACUGAGAGCACCUCGGAGCACCUGAGUGCCCUGAAGAAGCUGUUCGCCGACCUGCAGGACCAGAAAGGCCUGCUGGAGGACCUGAGAGAGAGCAGGCAUGCCAUCAUGCCCCGCCUCAGCCCGGAGGACCGCGACCUGGUCACGCAGCACGUGGCACACCUGGAGACCCGCUGGGCCCGGCUGGAGAACCUGAUCCAGCGGAAGAUCCAGAACUCCGCCGCGGUUCUGAAGGAUCUCGGGCUCGUGGAGGCCCGUCUGCGGGAGGCGCGGGAGUGGGCCCAGGAGACGCAGCCGCCGUCAGUGGUCGCCCUGGGAACCAGCCCACCGCCCGACGCCGCUCAGAGCUUCCUGUUUGAGCACCUGAGUGCGUGCGCGGCGCUGGAGGCCAAGCAGCUGCUGCUGGCGCAGGCUGUAGGGGGCGCCGAGGAGCUGAUGCCGCGUCUCGGCCUGAGCGAGAGGCGGAGCCUAAAGGCCCUCACGCAGCAGGCCCAGGCAGAGGUGGAGUCACUGGGCGCCGCGGUAACGCAGCGUCGGAAACAUCUGACCAAAGCCUUCACGGAGCGCACGCAGUUCCUGCAGGCACUGGGCCGGACGGCUAAGUGGGUGGCGCAGCAGGAGAGCAGGGUCCUGAGGGAAGAGCACGUGGCUCUGCUGCCAGGUGACGUCUCCCGCCAGGUGGAGGCGUGCAGGGCCGUCCUGAGCAGCCUGAAGGCCCACCAGGGGGCGCUCUCCAGCCUCUGGGGGCAAGGCCGGGGCCUGGUGAGGGACAGCACAGACGAGGAGAAGACCCAGACUCUGGAGAAGCUGCAGGAGGUGCAGGCCAGCUUCGAGAGCACCCUCAGCUGCUGCACGCACAAGCUGCUGGACCUGGAGAAAGCCCUGGCAGCCAGGAAGUACUUCAAGGUGGACUUGGACAAAAUGUGUGAUUGGCUGAGGCUGACGGAAGCAGUUAUGUACCCUCAGAUGGACUGCUGUACGUGUGUUGCAGAACAACAAUCACUUAUUACAAAGUACCAAAACAUCCUGGAGCAAGCCUCCGAGUAUGAGAACCUUUUACUUAUUGUCCAAAGGGCAGGGCAAGAAAUACUAUCCACAUUAAAUGAAGUUGACCACUGCUACCUCGAUGAGAAACUCAACGCUCUUCCCCAGCAUUACAAUAGCGUCCUCGUGUCUGCUAAACAGAGACUUGAGAUUGCUCAGCAGACAUUGUCUGAUCGGAAAGUGUUUGAUUCCCUGAUGGAAGUGACUAGUGAGACCGUCAGGGAACUGCAAGGACAAUUUGACGCCCUGCAGAAGCACUCUGUCGGCUGCUCUGGGGAUGUUGUUCCAAGCCUGCGUGGUGACUUCACAGACCUCCUGAAGCGCGUGAGCACUCAGGACAGGACGCUGACGGAGCUGAGGAGGAAGCGGGAGGAGCUGGUCAGCGCAGGCCACAGCUGCACCCCAGAGGUCCUCCAUCACACGCUGAGCGUCCACUCUGGACUGCGGCUCCAUCUAAAGCAGAAGCUGAAAGACCUCGACCAAGCGCUGACGCGUGCAGGAGAGCACAGCACGGUAGCGGCAGCCCUGGAGUCUGAGCUGAAGGCUGUGAAAGAGCACAUGAGUGAAUUAGACGCCGGCGACCAAACCUCCAACACCCUGAGUCGCCUCCAUGGGCUGAACCAGUCCCUAGCGACUGCUGAAGGUCAUCUGCAGAGACUGAGUGACCUUGGCCAGCCUCUAGUGGCUGCUGAAGGUCGUCUGAGUGGCCUCAGCUCAGCCAAGGACCCGCGGCAGGUAUGGCAGGAGGAACUGCUUGGCCUGAAGGGAAGGGUGAGGGAUCGCAUCACUUCCUGUGAGUGUCUCAUUAGAGAUACUGGUAACUUCCACACAGAGAUAGCAAACACCUCAGGGUGGUUAAAGACUCUAAGAGAUGAUCUCAUCGGCUCUGUGAACUUUGAUGAGCUGACAGUUGAGAAGGUGGACCACCAGCUGAGGAUCCUGUCGCUUCAGGAAGAGGUUCAGUCCAAGGUCCAAAUCAUCAAAGCUUUGGCCAACAAGGAAAGACAAACACAUAGCAGCACAGAACAGUCGCCUGACACCCAUGAGGGCCCUCUUGGACAAGUGCUACAGCUGGAGAGAGACGUCCUGCAAGCACUCUCUACCAAACAGUCCGUCCUCACACAGGCUCGGCCCCUCCUCCAGCGGUGCCACUCAGGCCUGGACUCCGCCCAGCAGUGGCUGCAGGGGGCUGGACAGUUCCUGGAGCAGGCCAGGCAGGAAGUGGACCCUGAGGACCUGGAGGGCAGCCUGGGGGAGCUGGAGGAGCUGCUUGCCCAGGAGAAGGGCCUUGCCAGCGGGCGGGAGGUGCUGCAGGACCUGCCUGCCCAGCUGGAGGGGCUGGAGGGAGCCGCUCCCACACCGAACCUGACGACCAGCAUACAAAGCGUGUGUCAUCAGGGUUCAAAGGUCAAGGAGCAGCUGAAGAGUCAUCAGGAAACACUGCAGAGGUGUGCAGGUGUGUGGCGCCGCUACGAGGCACUGAGAGGAGAGAUCAUCAGCAGGAUGGAGGAGGCAGAGAGGGGCGUGGCCAACAUCACCACCAUCUCUGCCACAAGCCUGCAGGAGGCGCACAGCAAACUGGAGAAGCACAAGUGUGUGGUGGGCGCUGUGGGCAGCUGUGAGGGCAGCCUGGUGGCGCUGCGAGAGCAGGCAGGUGAGCUGGCGCAGAUGGGCAUGGGUGUGUCCCGCCUGACGGACUGCAUGUGGCAGCGCUGGACUCGGCUAAGCAGUUCUGUGAGAUCCCAGGAGAGGGCGCUAGAGAGCACUGCCCGGGACUGGAGCAGCUUUGAGGAAAAGGUGCAGAAGGCUCGGUCAGUGUUGAAGGACCUGCAGGGUCGUGUGCCGGAGGGUGCAGCGGAGCAGGUGGCCUCUAGGGCGGCGCUGCAGAGCCUGCUGGAGUACCACGACUGCUUCUGCCUGGAGCUGGAGCGCGAGAGAGCCAGCCUGGAGCUGCUGGGGCAACAGGCCCGUGCCCUCACCCCAUUACCCCCCCCGGGGGCAGCACAUCUACCCCCCGAGGCUCUUACCCCAUUACCCCCCCAGGGGGCAGCACAUCUACCCCCCGAGACCCAGACUGGACAUCAGGACAUCAGCAGUCUGCAGGAGUGCUUUGGCAGGCUGCUGCUGAGGGGGCGUUCGGGCCGCGAGCACGUUCAGGCCGAGCUGGUGCUGCGUGAGCGCCUGGAGGAGGAGCUAGCGCUCAUCAGGGACUUCGUACACGACACACGCAGCCUCCUGCUCAGCCAAUCAGCUGACCUGCACACACUGCUCGUCCACCUGGAGGCAGCACAUGAGGACGUAUGGUCCCACAGGCAGAAGCUGGAGGAUCUGAGUGAGCAGCAGCAGCUGAAGUACGAGCAGCACACACACCUGCCCUCCGACAUCAGCACACAGCUAGCAGAGCUGAGGCUAACACUGGGGGCCACCGAGGAGCAGGUUGGUGCUCGUGAGCGGGAGGUGCUGCAGACGCGUGAUCUGAAGGAGGAACUUACUGAGCGCGCUCACGAGCUGCAGGAGCGACUGGCCACCCUCACCUGCCGCCUCACACACAAGAACACACACCUGGAGCAGGCCCAGGAGGAGCACAAGUGUGUGUGUGAGGAGUUGGAGCGGUGCUGCAGUACCCUGCUGGAGCUGAAGGGGGCGCUGGAGGAGUUUGGGCAGCAGAAUCCUCUCCUGCGCGCUCAGCUCACCGCCGCCAUGGCAACGCUGGACCACACCCACAGCCGAGCCGCCGCACUCGCAGAAGAGCAGACAACUCAGCUGCUCAGGGCGGAGGAGUUGAUGGAGGACUACACACACGUGUGUGGCUUCAUCAUGCGCUGGGUUCAGAAGGCGGAGUCUCUCACCUCCUGCAGCAUCACAUGGAGCCCCUCAGCGCUGCAGGAGCCAAUCAGAGCCCACCAGUCUCUGGUGAGGAAGUGGCCGGAGGUGCAGCAGGAGCUGGAGCUGAUGAGCAGGAGGGUGAUCCAGCUGUCUGACGCGCUGCGCACCGACGCCAUGAGCCAGCAGGUGGCAGCACUGAGCACACGCGCACUGCAGCUGCAGGAUGCCCUCAACAGCAGACUGGACACUAUGCAGGACACUGCACAGGACGUGGGGCGGCUGGAGGCCAAGGUGAAGACGCUGCGCGGUGGUCUGGAGCAGAUGCAGGCCUCGCUCACCUGCCCAGAACUGGCCCACGCCAGCCUGCGCCAACAGCUGGCCAUCAGACAGCACCUCCUGAGUGAGAUGGAGGAGUUCAAGCAGCAGGUGGAGGAGCUGCAGCAGUGCCAGAGCGCCCUCUUGCUGCCGGAGGAGGUAUUGCAGUCCAGCCUGCCCCUCUGCCACUCAGCACACAGCCUGCACUCCGAGAGCAGCCAGGUCCAGCAUUCUGUCAUUCAGCAGUGCAACAUUCUACAGGAGGCGGUGCAGCAGCAUGAGCAGUAUGAACAGGAAGUGAUGCAGCUGCAGCAGCUGGUGGAGGAAGCUCACAGGAUCAUCCAGGACCGACCCGUCGCCACGGGCAACAUCCAGGAUCUCCAGACCCAGAUUCAGCAUCAUGAGGAGCUGGCCCAGCGCAUCCAGGGCUACCAGCAGCAGAUCUCAGCGCUGCACUCCAAGUGCAGGAUGCUGACGCUCAAGGCCAAGCACGCCACCAUGCUGCUGACCGUCUCCGAAGGAGCGCCGGACCACACGCUGGAGCAGGAGGAGGAGGAGGAAGAGGAGGAAGAGGAGGAGGAGGAGAUGAGCCGACAUCCACCCGCACACCCCUCCGUCGUCAUGAUGACUGCAGGUCGAUGUCACACACUGCUGUCUCCAGUCACAGAGGAGUCUGGUGAGGAAGGAACCAACAGUGAGGUCUCCUCCCCCCCCACCUGCAGAUCCCCCUCACCUGGAGCACAGGGUCCAGGGAAGACCUCCAUCAGCGGAGCUUCUGUGCAAGAUAUGUUUGACCCCGUCUCCAUGGAGACCAACUCCGCCCCUCUGGACGAUCUGCAGCGCUCCUGGGAAACACUCAAGAACGUGAUCAGUGAGAAGCAGACGUGUCUGUAUGAGGCUCUAGAGCGCCAGCAGCACUAUCAGGAGGCUCUGCAGUCCGUCUCCACCAAGAUGGAGGCGCUGGAGGCCCAGCUGAGCGAGAGCCUGGACCAGCACAGGACCCCAGAGAGCCAGAUGGCCUCUCACCAGGCUCUGCUGGAUGAGAUGCUGAUGCUGCAGGAUGAGUUGGGGGAGCUGCAGGAGUGUUUCUCUGAGGAGCUGCACACACACGACACACACGACACACACACCCCCCCCGCGGAGAUGGACCCUGAGGUCGGAGGUCAACAGCAGGCGCUCCAGUCCACCCUGACCGUGCUGGCCGAACGCAUGGCCACCAUCCGCAUGAAGGCGUCUGGCAAACGGCAGCUACUAGAGGAGCGUCUGAGUGAGCAGCUGGAGGAGCAGCGUCAGGAACAAGCUUUGCAGCGUUGCCAUAGCGAGGCGGAGGAGCUCGACCAUUGGCUGCUCAGCACCCGGGCCACGCUAAGCUCCGCCCUGCAGCCACGCCCACAAGACAUGGACAUGGAGGAGCAGCUGAUCGACUGUCAGAACAUGCUGCUGGAGAUCGAACAGAAGGUGUCGUGUCUGUCGGAACUCAGCGUUCACAGUGAGAGUCUGCUGCUGGAGGGGCGGAGCCACACGCGCGGGGGGGCGGAGCAACUCAGCCAGCGGCUGCAUGGUCUUAAAGCCAGUCUUGUUGAGCUCCAACGCAUUCUACAGGACAAACAAAUACACAUCCAGGGGUCACUGCAGGAGCAGGAGGACAGUGAGUCGGACUCCACGCUGUCCCAGAGCCCCAACCUGCAGGACUGGCUGAGUCAACUCCACUCCAGCAGAGGGCAGCAUAGACACGAGCACAGCCAGAGACAGAGGGAACUGGAGGAGGAGCUGGCUGAGCAGAAAAAGCUUCUUCAAGCCGUCGCAACCAGGGGGGAGGAGCUUAUCACGUUACAGGACACGCCCACCGGAGAUGGCCAAUCAGAGGAGGUCCAGCUGCCCCUGGCCCCUCCCACUGACCCGCAGAGGACUCGCUGGGAGAACCUGAGGAUCACCAUGACGACCAAGCUACAGCUGAGCAUUAGAGCCAUGGAGCAGGAGCAGCAACACCCGACGUAUCAGCGCUCCAGAGUGAUCAGUCCAGGAGGCGUGUUUAGGGCGGAGCUUCCGCCCCACGACUGCCCCUCCCCCAGGACGCUGUUCGAGACCUUCAACCAGGCAGGGGGCGGUGGAGUGCAGCAGGCAAGGCAGCAGGAGCAGGAGCUGUGUGCUGCAGUGGCGGUAGCCUCCAGGUGGCUAGAUGGCGCUGAAGCGCAGCUGCUCAGUGGCCCCAUGCUGCUGUCAGACCACAGCGAGGCUCAACUCUGCCACCUUGAGGCGCUGACACAGGAAGUGUGUGAGGUGGAGGAGGAGCUGAAGCGCUGCAGGGAGGUUCUGAGUGAAGGGGCGGAGCCAACAUGUGGUGGGGGUGUGGCUAUGAGUGAGUGGGCGUGUCCAGCUGGUGAGGCACUGGAGAUGCUGGAGAAUAGGCUCCGCCUCCUCAGCAGCAUGCUGGGACCACGCUGCCAAGACAUGACGGAGCGACUACAGGAGCUCAGUACCUUCCAGGGGGAGAUGAGGCAGCUGUCGUCUGCCCUAUCAGACAGCAGGAUGGCGCUCCAGCAGAAGAUGAUUGGCUCCCUGGAGAGACCCACCUCCAGACAGAUGGAGAUGGUGUGUGAGGCGGAGGACAGCGUGCGUGAGUUUGACCAGCGUGUCCAGGAGCUCAGGAGUCGAGGAGAAGCUCUGCAAGCCGACCAGACCUCUAACCAGGAGCUGCUCAAGCUGCAGGACUCGUAUGAGGAGCUGGUGGUGUGUGUGGGUGGUGUGCGCAGUGGCCUGAGGGGGGCGCUGGUGAGGAGGGUCCAGUACUGCACUGCGCUGCAGGAUCUCACUGAGCUGCUGGACACGGCGACACACAAGCUGACCGCCGACCACAAGACCAGCGCACGCAACCGCCCAGAGCUGCAGACCCUACUGGACACACACAAGGAGUUCUUCUGGUCUCUGGAGGCGCAUGUGGUGUUGACGGAGUCGUGGUUCGUGCGUGUGCGCGGAGUUCUGAGCCAGCGAGAGCAGCAGGCGCACGAGGACGCCGUGGGGCGGGCGCGACACACACUCACCCAGGCGCACCGCAGGGGCAUGGAGCUGGAGACCGUCCUGGAGGCGUGGGGGCAGCUGGCGGGCGACUACACUACUCUCUGUAGGACCCUGGAGCAGGUGGAGAGCAGCAUUCCCACUGCAGGCCUGCUGGAGGAGACGGAGGCCCGACUACACGACAGGAUCAGCCUCUACCAGCGGCUGAAGGGCAGUCUGUGUGAGCACCAGCAGCAGCUGUAUGGGGUGCUGGAGGCGGGAAAGCGUCUGCUGCUGCGUGUGUGUUGCUGUGAGCUGGAGCAGCAGCUGACUCAGCUGGGAGACCACUGGCUCAACACACACACCAAACUCACCAAGGAGCUGCACCGCCUCGACUCUACACUCAAACACUGGAGCAGGUACCAGAGUGAGUGUAACGUGCUCAGCCAAUGGCUGCGCUCUGCUCUGGAGCGGCUGGAGUUCUGGAACACACAGUCGGUCACUGUUCCACAGGAGCUGGAGAUGGUCAGAGAUCACCUGCAUGCCUUCCUGGAGUUCUCUAAGGAGGUGGAGGCGCGCUCCUCGCUGCACGGCUCGGUGCUGGUUCUGGGCGCUCAGCUGCUGCGGCUCAAGAGGGACACGGCGGCGCUCAGAGCCCAGAUGACCUCAGUGGACGCGCAGUGGACCGACCUGCUGACCCGCAUCCCACUGGUGCAGGAGAAACUACACCAGCUCCAGAUGGAGAAGCUUCCGUCUCGUCACGCCAUCACAGAGUUGAUGAGCUGGAUCUCCGUCAUGGAGAACGCCAUCCAGGAGGACCAGCAGAGCAUCAUGGGAGCCGUGGGGUCAGAGGUCAUCCACAACUUCCUGCAGAAGUACAAGGGGUUCCGUAUAGACCUGACGUGUAAGCAGCUGACGGUGGACUUUGUGAACCAGUCGGUGCUGCAGCUGAGCAGUCAGGACGUGGAGGGGAAGCGCCGAGACAAGACCGACUUCGCCGAGCGGCUCGGAGCCAUGAACCGCCGCUGGCAGAUCCUGCAGGGGCUCAUCACCGAGAAGAUUCAGGUGUUGGAAGGUGUGCUAGAGAGUUGGGCGGAGCAUGAGAGUGGGGUGCAGGCUCUGGGGGCGUGGCUAAACUCUCAGGAGGAGAAGCUCAAGAGGAAGCAAAGACUGGAGGACGUGGCGUCAGUACACAACGCACUCAAGGACACACAGGAGCUGGAGGAGACGUUGCAGGAGAAGGAGGCGGAGCUUGAGAGGGCGGAGCAGAGAGGGGCGGGGCUUACCAAGGACAAGAAGGGCGACGCCUCUACGGUUGCUAUGGAAACCCUGAAGGGGCUCAGACAAUCAUGGGCCAGUCUGGAACAGAUGUUGGGGCAGGAGGCGGUCAGGCUGAAGGGGCUGCUGGACCAGUGGCAGCUGCAUCAGCAGGCGUCGGAGGAGAUCAGCGGAUACCUGAUAGAGGGACGCUACUCGCUAGCACGACUCCAGCGCCUCAGCGGAUCACUGGACGCCACACACACACAGGUGGAGAGUCUGGAGGCCCUGCAGGGGGAGCUGGAGGCUCAGGAGGGGAGUCUGACUCAACUCAACUCCAGCACUCAGCUGCUGCAGACACACAGCGCCACGCUCACACACACACUCACCGACAUCACGCUCAGGUGGAACGGUCUACUGGAGCAGGUGUGUGAGCAGCUGCGGAGUGCUAAGGCCUUGCGGCAGCUGUGGCAGUGCUACCAGGAGCUGCACACACACACACACUCCGCCGUCCAGCAACACGAGGACUCCGCCCAGCGCCUGCUCAAGAGCGCCACCCAUGGGGACGUCACCGCACUGCAGCUGGACGCAUGGAUGCACAAGUGCUCUGACCUGCUGGCUCAACAGGAGUCUCUUCAGGCCACUCUGCAGGAGUUCCAGGAAGUGGCGGAGCAGCUCAGUAAGCAGGUGCACCCCUGCGCCAUGGCAACCUACCAUGCCGACCACCUGUCACUCACACAGCGCCUGGCAACAGUGGAGCAUGCCCUUUGCAGGCAACAGUCUGCACUGCAGGCUGGGCUGCAGGAGCUGGACUCUCUGUUGGAGCAGCUGGACUCUCUGGCCGAUGUGUGUGAGGACGCAGAACAGGUGCUGAAGCAGGCGGACCCGGCACACACUCCAGAACCAGACCGCCUCCAGCACCGCAUGGACACACUCAAGGCUGUGCUGCUCCGUCUCAGUGGCUGGUGUGCUGAUCUGGAGCGUCUGAACCAGCUGGGAUUCCGCCUGCCGCUCAGCGACACACACAUCACACGCAUGCAGAGACUCAACCAGCGCUGGAACACACACACACACCGCACCAUAGAGGAGUACAGUAAGCUGCAGGGGACACUAUUGCUGCAGCUGGGGUUCCAGGGGAAGUGUGAGGCCUGGAUGGACUUCCUGUCCAGCGCAGAGGAGCGUCUAGCCGCUGACAUCACAGGAAGUCACCACAACCUACAGGAGCAACAGAGAGAGCAUGAGCUGUUCCAGGCGGAGAUGUUCAGUCGGCAGCAGAUCCUCCACUCCAUCAUCGCUCAUGGACACACACUACUGGACCAGGGCCAAGUGGAGGACAGUGAGGGCUUUGGCCUGAAGUUGGCGCUGUUGAGCCACCAGUGGCAGGCGGUGGUGCAGCGGGCACAGCAGAGGCGGGGCCUGAUUGACGGGCUGCUGCGCCAAUGGGAGCACUACCACCAGCUGCUCAACAAGCUCCGCCUACGGCUGGACGAGGCCGCGCUGCCUCCAGAUGACCUGAAGGGGGCACCAGUGGCACUACAGCAGGCACGCAGUACACUGGACCACAUCCAGCUGAAGGAGCGGCUGCUCCAGCGUCAGCAGGGCGGCUACAUCCUAUUGGUGGAGGCGGGGCGGCAGCUGCUGCUGUGUGCGGACGCGCCGGCGGAGGCGUCUCUGCAGGCGCAGCUCAACGACAUGCAGGAGCGCUGGAGGGCCGCCAUCUUGAGACUGGACGAGAGGAAGAAGGAGCUCAACACGCUGCUGAAGGACUGGGAGUGCUGUGAGAAGGCCAUUGCUGCAUCUCAUGAGAAGCUGCGGGUGUUUAAGAGGAAGCUGAGUGUUGCUCUGCCGGAACACCACGAUGAACUCCACGCAGAACAGAUACGCUGCAAGGAGUUGGAGGGUGGUAUAGAGGGCUGGCCGGAGGCGGAGCUUCAGCUGUGUGAGGUCACGGAAUCCCUAUGCUCCAGACUCCGCCCCCAUGACCUCAGCAUCCUACAGGAACGCCUCGACCUGCUGCACAGCCAAUGGGACGAGAUCUCCCACCAGCUGAGUGUGCGCAGGGUGGCAGUGGGGGAGAAGCUGAACGAGUGGCUGCUGUUCAGUGAGAAGAAUAAGGAGCUGUGUGAGUGGCUCACACACAUGGAGAGCAAAGUCUCCCAGAACGCCGACAUCAGCAUCCAGGACAUGAUCGACAAGCUGCGCAAGGACUACCAUGAGGAGAUCUCGGUGAUGGAGGAGAAUCGGGUGCAGCUGCAGCUGAUGGGGGAGCGUCUGGCUCGCUCCAGCCAGGAGGGCAAAGGUCACGACAUCACCUACAAACUCAGCAAGCUCAACGAGAGGUGGCAGCACCUGCUCGACCUGAUGGCAGCCAGGGUGAAGAAGCUGAAGGAGACGCUGGUGGCGGUGCAGCAGCUGGAUAAGAACAUGAGUAGUCUGCGCUCGUGGCUCGCACACAUCGAGACGGAACUCUCCAGACCCAUCGUCUACGACACCUGCAACGCCCAGGAGAUCCAGCGCAAGCUCAAACAGCAGCAGGAGCUGCAGAGUGACAUCGAGAGGCACAGCACGGGCGUGGCGUCGGUGCUGAACCUGUGUGAGGUGCUGUUGCACGACUGUGAUGCGUGCGCGUCCGACUCCGAGUGUGAGUCCAUCCAGCAGGCCACGCGCGGACUGGACCGCCGCUGGAGGAACAUCUGUGCCGUCGCCAUGGAGAGAAGACUCAAGAUUGAGGAGACGUGGCGUCUGUGGCAGAAGUUUCUAGAUGAUUUCGGGCGCUUUGAGGAGUGGCUCAAGGCCUCGGAGCGCACGGCCGCUACGCCCAACUCCGCCGGAGUGCUGUACACCAUCGCCAAGGAGGAGCAGAAAAAGUUUGAGGCGUUCCAGAGGCAGGUGCAGGAGGUUCUGACCCAGCUGGAGCUGAUCAAUAAGCAGUACCGGCGGCUGGCUCGCGAAAACCGCACCGACGCGUCCUGCCGUCUGCGGGAAAUGGUGCAUGAUGGGAACCGCCGCUGGGACACCCUGCAGAGACGAGUGGCCUCCAUCUUGCGCCGCCUCAAGCACUUCAUUGGCCAGAGGGAGGAGUUUGAGACGAACAGGGACAGCAUCCUGGUGUGGCUCACGGAGAUGGACCUGCAGCUCACCAACAUCGAGCACUUCUCCGAGUGUGACGUCCAGGCCAAGAUUAAACAGCUCCGGGCGUUCCAGCAGGAGAUCGGGCUGAACGUGUGUAAGAUGGAGCAGGUGUUCCGUCAGGGGGAGGGGCUACUGGGCCGCAGCGAGCCAUUGGACGCCGCCGUGAUAGAGGAGGAGCUAGAGGAGCUGCGCAGAUACUACCAGGAAGUGACCGGCCGCGUGGAGCGCUACUACAGGAGACUCACACGCCUACCGCUGUCGGAGGAGGACUUCUCGGACCGUGAGCUGGAGCUGGAGGAGGGUGUUGACCUCACUGACCUCCAGUGGGAGGAGUCAACUCCACCCAGUGACCUCCGACCCCCGUCUGGCCCCGCCCCUCCCCCCCGCACGACCUCUGACCCCUGUGGCCGGGACACCCCCGCCAGUGUAGACUCCCUCCCCCUGGAGUGGGACCACGACUACGACCUGGAGCCCACCGCCCUCACAGACGUGGUGAUUCCUGAGAGCCCAGAUGCCUACAUUAGACUAACCGAGGACACACUCAGGUCCUCCUCUGCAGAGCCCGGGCAGCUGGACAGGUCCCUGGACACAGCGCACUACCGCCCCCAACACACAGAGGGCGCUGUGGGACCACAGGACUCCUCCACCCCAGAGUUGGACUCCCCCUACAUGGGCUAUAUGCGGUUGAUGGGAGAUUGCCGUGGCGAUAUGAGUGCCGUGAAGAGGGCGGAAGAAGAGUUGGAGGAAGACGAGGAAGACCUUUCUGGACUCACAAACCCAGAGAGCACAGAGACACAAAGCACAGGAGUGAUCAAGCGCUGGGAGCUGCUCCAGGCCCAGAGCAACCUGCAACCAUGGCAACAGCUGACCUCUGACCUGGACGCCAUGGAGGCGUGGCUAGAUGACGCAGAGGCGGAGCUUAAUCAGCAGAGGAGGCGGGACUUCAGCACAGACAUCCACACCAUCGAGCAGAGAAUCAAAAAGCUCAAGGAGCUGCAGAGAGCUGUGGAUGGCCAUAAGGCCCUGGUCCUGUCCAUCAACCUGAGCAGUGUGGAGCUGGUCCAAUCACAGAGUGACGAGGGGCGGGAGCUGCAGGCCAGACUGACGGACAUGAACCGCCGCUGGGACACACUGGCCAACUCCCUGGAGCAGUGCAGGAGUGUGUUACAGCACGCCUUAAUGCAGUGCCAGGAGUUCCAUGAGCUGAGUCACGGCCUGCUGCUUUGGCUGGAGAACAUCGACCGCCGGAGGAACCAAGUUAUCCCCAUCACCACGGGAACGGACCUCAACACACUCCGCGGGCACCAUCACACACUCACGGAGGUGCUGUUGGAGCUGCAGGCGUCGGAGCAGCGGGUGGUGUGUCUGCAGGAGCUGUCCCAGCAGGUGCUGGUGGAGGCGCGAGGAGGUGGGGGGGGGGAGUGUGUGGAGGCACGUGAGCGGGUGCACGUGAUCGGGAACCGUCUCCGCACGCUCCUCAGGGCCGUGACCUCUGACCUGCAGCAGCUGGAGGCCCAGAUGGAGGCGGCCGCCGCACGGCAGAGUUCUGUUUCCUGGUCGGUGGUGGAUGAGCCGGAUGCAUCAGCAGACAACGCCCCCAGCAGCCUGAGAACGCUGCGGGGCAAAGGUAGUCCAUCACCUGGAGCUCCAACCAACCCCCCCCACCACAGAUCGCUCGGAGGCUCUGGCUGUGGUUCUUCCCGCUCUGAGCGCAGGUCCUCCUCCCAGCCUGUGUGUGGUGCUGUGGGGCGGCAGUGCCAGUCCUUCUUCCUGCGCGUGCUGCGGGCGGCUCUUCCUCUGCAGCUGCUGCUGCUGCUGCUGCUGGCCGUGGCCUGCCUGGUGCCCAUGAGCGAGCAGGACUACAGCUGUCACCAUGCCAACAACUUCGCCCGCUCCUUCCACCCCAUGCUGCGCUACACCAACGGACCGCCUCCAAUCUAAACGCUGCCCCCCAGAGGCAUGGAGGAAAAGGACAUCUAUCUACCUACCUAUAUAUAUUUCUAUCUAUCUAUCCAUCCAUCCAUCUAUCUAUCUAUCCAUCCACCCCUCCAUCUCUAUCUAUCUAUCUAUCUAUCUAUCCAUCUAUCCAUCCACCCCUCCAUCUCUAUCUAUCUAUCUAUCUAUCUAUCUGACCACCUAUCCUUAAUCGUAUUUAUUGCAUUUUUGAAGGUGUCUUGUGGACAGCGGAGGGGACACACCCUCUUUUGUAGCUUGCGUUGCGUUUGGUUUGCGGUGUGCUGCCUAUAUGGAGCUCUGUAGGACUCACUACUGCUAUUGUUUGCUGUUGCUAAAUCGGUAUCGCUGCUCCAACCAAGUUUGACCCUCCCUGCUUCCCGUAGCACUUUGCAGGUUGCACAGCGUGGAGUGCUGUGGUGCUUGCUUGACCUUUAACCUUUGACCCUUAACCCUAGUGUAGCAGCACAGAGUCUCUAUCACACUACGCCAGUGGGCCGUCUGCAUGGACAACAUCACUCCCGAAGACGAAGAGAACGUUAUUUAUUUUGUUAUUUUAUUUGAUUCUGGUUUAUUUUUGCAGUAUUUAAUAAUAAAAAACACUCACUUGUAUCUCUAAAAUGGUUUGUAAAUGAAGAGUUUGAAAUGUAGGCAGUUAUUUUUUUACCAUGUUUUUUUUUUUUUUACUUGAAAUUCUUUGGUUUGAAACAUGGCGGCCACAGUUUGGCCGGUGUUGAGGGAUGACCCUUACUGGGCAUGAGCUCGCGUGUAAUCAUUUAGAAGUUAUAAAACUGUAAACAAAACAAUGAAAUCAUGUGAUUUAGUAUUUAUGUCUGUACAGUUUGCUAAUGCUGACAAUUAAACAAGAUAUUCUUUGCUUUGAAAA